GAAGCCGGCGACCCCCUGCCCUGCACCCAAUCUCUUGCCAAUGUUGAGCAGCAACAGCAGGAGGAGGAGUGGGAGGAGCGUUUCGGGAGCUGCACAGAACAAAGCUGCCGGGCUCCUUCCAACUAUUAACGCUCCGCUGCUGUAACGCUGCCAGAAGCUACAGGAGUUUAUCGCUUUCCGCAGCCCAAACCGGAGCCGCCAGGAAGCCGUAGAGCGGGGAGGGAGGGCGUAGUCUCUGUCUGGGAACUUUACGGGAAAGGAGCGGAGGAGAAGUCGCUGAAGGAGUCAUGGAGCCCAGGGUGCUGCUGCUAUUAUCCCUGCUGGGAGUGAUGGGAUCGCUGUGUCUGGCCAACUCUGACUCCCUGCCCAAGGGUGCUCAUUCUAAGAAUAUGACCAUAAAAACCUUCAGAAUCUUUGACGUCGACAGUGAAAGUGAGUUUGAAGAGAUUCCUUGGGAUGAACUCGAGCAGUCGGGAGAAGGUUCAGGAGACGAGGUCCCAGUAUUGACUCGUAGUGCAAGGAAGCCAAUCCAGAGGAACAUCACCAAAGAGGCAGAACAAUAUCUCUCCAGUCAUUGGCUGACAAAGUUUGUUCCAUCCCUGUACACUGUUGUGUUUAUUGUGGGCCUGCCUCUGAAUCUGUUGGCAGUCAUCAUAUUCCUGUUCAAGAUGAAAGUCAGAAAACCGGCAGUGGUCUACAUGCUGAACCUGGCCAUCGCCGAUGUGUUCUUUGUUAGUGUGUUGCCUUUCAAAGUAGCCUACCAUCUGUCUGGGAACGACUGGCUGUUUGGGCCUGGAAUGUGUCGCAUUGUCACUGCCACUUUCUACUGCAACAUGUACUGUUCUGUCCUGCUCAUUGCCAGCAUCAGUGUGGACAGGUUCUUGGCAGUGGUUUAUCCCAUGCACUCCCUUUCAUGGCGCACAAUGAGCCGUGCCCAUUUGGCCUGUAGUCUCAUUUGGGUGAUAUCCAUAGCGAGCACUGUACCGCUUCUCAUGACCGAGCAAACUCAGAAGAUUCCUGGGCUGGAUAUUACCACCUGUCAUGAUGUUUUAGAUUUGAAAGACCUCAAAGAGUUUUAUAUCUACUAUUUCUCCAUUUUCUGCUUGCUUUUCUUCUUCUUGCCGUUUAUUAUCACCACUGUCUGCUACAUUAGGAUCAUCAGAAGUUUGAGUUCCUCCAGCAUCAAGAACAGUUGUAAGAAGACAAGAGCCCUGUUCUUGACUGUGGUUGUGCUGUGUGUUUUUAUCAUUUGUUUUGGGCCAACCAAUGCCAUCUUUCUGGCCCAUUACUUACAAGAAGCCAACGAAUCUCUAUAUUUUGCCUACAUCCUGAGUGCCUGUGUUGGCAGUGUCAGUUGUUGCCUUGAUCCCCUCAUUUACUACUAUGCCUCGUCACAGUGCCAGAGGUACUUGUACAGUUUGCUGUGCUGUAGGAAGGUUGCUGAGCCUGGAAGCAGCAGUGGACAUUUAACGAGCACCGACAUGAAAAACGACACCUGCUCCACAAAUGUGAAAAACAGCAUUUACAAGAAGCUAUUGGUGUAAGACAGUAAGAAAGGGAAAUCUCCCAUGGCCAUAUAAAUGUAAGCCUGGACAUUGCUCUCCAUAUGAUUUUACCUUCUUGUCCGUGUAACAGCUUGGGUUGCACAGAAAUGCAUUUUCUAAUAAUUCAAUUUACAUGAAGUAAUAAGGGUUAUAAGUUGAUUCCCCUAUGUAGGCAUAGUCCCAUGAGCCAUACUCCCGGUGCUUCCUUCUCUCUACAAUGGGCAGCAAUUCCUUGCACAGUUUUUCCUAUAAAAGCCAAAGGUGGAGAAUCCCCCCAUACACCUUUAACCAAAGCAAGUCCUGUUACUUUAGAGCAGGGAUCUCCAACCUUUAGAACCCAUGAGCAACAUUCAGACAUAAAAGGAGUUGGGGACCAACACUAGCAUGAAAAAUGUUCCUGGGGUGCCAAAUAAGGGCUGUGAUUGGCCAUUUAG